CGGCGCUCCGCGCCCUGCAGACCCCUCGCGAGGCACAGAGGCCAGGGCGGCGCCGGGGCGGCGGGGAGCAUGAGGGCGGCUGGGGACCGGCUGGGCUCGGAGCUCUGCUAGGGAGCGGCGUGAGCAAUACAUUCGCCGGGACGCUGCGGAGGGCGGGAGCCGAGCGCCCGGGGCUGUGGGCAUUUCGGACGCGGACGCAAGGGACCCGGAGCCAGCCGGGGCUCCUGCACGCAGCCGACAUGGGCAACGCGGGGAGCAUGGAUUCGCAACAGACCGAUUUCAGGGCGCACAACGUGCCUUUGAAGCUGCCGAUGCCCGAGCCAGGUGAACUGGAGGAGCGCUUUGCCAUCGUGCUGAAUGCUAUGAACCUACCUCCUGACAAAGCCAGGUUACUGAGGCAGUAUGACAACGAGAAAAAAUGGGAGCUGAUCUGCGAUCAGGAACGAUUCCAGGUGAAGAACCCUCCCCAUACGUACAUUCAGAAGCUCAAAGGCUACCUGGAUCCAGCUGUAACUAGGAAGAAAUUCAGAAGGCGUGUUCAAGAAUCUACGCAAGUGCUAAGAGAACUGGAAAUUUCACUAAGAACCAACCACAUUGGAUGGGUCAGAGAAUUUUUGAACGAAGAAAACAAAGGCCUCGAUGUUCUUGUGGAGUAUUUGUCCUUUGCCCAGUAUGCAGUCACUUUUGACUUUGAAAGUGUGGAAAGUACCGUGGAGAGUACAGUGGACAAAUCAAAGCCCUGGAGCAGGUCCAUCGAGGACCUGCACAGAGGGAACAACCUGCCCUCACCUGUGGGCAACAGUGUGUCCCGCUCUGGAAGACAUUCUGCGCUUCGAUAUAACACUUUGCCAAGCAGAAGAACCCUGAAAAAUUCAAGAUUAGUGAGUAAGAAAGAUGAUGUUCAUGUCUGUAUCAUGUGUUUACGAGCCAUCAUGAAUUAUCAGUAUGGUUUCAACAUGGUCAUGUCUCAUCCACAUGCUGUCAAUGAGAUUGCACUAAGUCUGAACAACAAGAAUCCCAGAACAAAAGCUCUUGUCUUAGAGCUGUUGGCAGCCGUUUGUCUUGUCAGAGGAGGGCAUGAAAUAAUUUUAUCAGCUUUUGAUAACUUCAAGGAGGUCUGCGGAGAAAAGCAGCGGUUUGAGAAGCUGAUGGAACACUUCAGGAAUGAAGAUAAUAACAUAGAUUUCAUGGUGGCCUCGAUGCAGUUUAUUAACAUCGUAGUCCAUUCGGUGGAAGACAUGAACUUCAGAGUUCAUCUCCAAUAUGAAUUUACCAAACUAGGCCUGGAUGAAUACUUGGAUAAGCUGAAACACACAGAGAGUGACAAGCUGCAAGUCCAGAUUCAGGCUUACUUGGACAACGUGUUUGACGUGGGAGCUCUGCUGGAAGAUGCGGAAACCAAGAAUGCAGCCUUGGAGCGGGUGGAGGAACUGGAAGAAAACAUCUCUCAUUUGUCUGAAAAGCUGCAAGACACGGAGAAUGAAGCCAUGUCCAAGAUCGUGGAACUGGAAAAGCAGCUCAUGCAGAGGAGUAAGGAACUGGAUGUUGUCCGGGAAAUCUACAAAGAUGCCAACACCCAAGUUCACACGUUAAGGAAAAUGGUCAAAGAAAAGGAAGAAGCCAUUCAAAGACAGUCUACCCUGGAAAAAAAGAUUCAUGAACUGGAGAAACAGGGGACCAUUAAAAUUCAGAAGAAAGGGGAUGGGGACAUUGCCAUUCUGCCAGUUGUGGCCUCUGGCACCUUGUCCGGGGCGCCAGAGCUAGCAGUGGGUAGCUAUGUAGGACCAGUGACAGGGGCCACCUCCUCAGGACCCUCACUCCCUCCUCCCCCACCACUACCUCCGUCAUCAGACAUGCCUGAAGCAGCGCAAAACGGACCAGCAUCACCACCUAUGUCACCGCUUCCUCCCCCACCGCCUCCACCCCCCCCCCCCCCCCCUCCAGCCCCUCCGCUCCCAGGUCCUGCAGCUGAGGCUGUGCCAGCUCCUCCUCUACCCCCCCCCCCACCUCCCUCUGCACCCCCUCUGCCUGGGACUUCUUCACCCACAGUAGUUUUCAACUCAGGAUUAGCAGCUGUGAAAAUUAAGAAACCAAUCAAGACCAAGUUCAGAAUGCCAGUGUUUAACUGGGUAGCGCUGAAGCCAAAUCAGAUCAAUGGCACAGUCUUCAAUGAAAUCGAUGACGAGCGGAUCUUGGAGGAUUUAAAUGUGGACGAAUUUGAGGAAAUAUUCAAAACAAAAGCCCAGGGUCCUGCUAUUGAUCUUUCUUCAAGCAAGCAGAAAAUAACACAGAAGGGAUCAAGUAAAGUGACAUUAUUAGAAGCAAAUAGAGCCAAAAAUCUUGCCAUAACUUUGAGGAAAGCUGGAAAGUCUGCUGAUGAGAUAUGCAAAGCUAUCCAUGUGUUUGAUUUGAAGACACUGCCGGUUGACUUUGUUGAAUGUUUGAUGAGAUUCUUGCCAACUGAGAAUGAGGUGAAGGUGCUCCGGCUCUACGAGCGAGAGAGGAAGCCCUUGGAGAACUUGUCAGAUGAGGACCGCUUCAUGAUGCAGUUCAGUAAGAUUGAGCGGCUCAUGCAGAAGAUGACCAUCAUGGCUUUCAUUGGCAAUUUCGCAGAAAGCAUCCAGAUGCUGACCCCUCAACUUCAUGCAAUUAUAGCAGCGUCUGUCUCUAUCAAGUCAUCUCAGAAGCUCAAAAAAAUUCUGGAGAUCAUCUUGGCCCUUGGAAACUAUAUGAAUAGCAGCAAACGGGGAGCCGUUUAUGGAUUUAAACUUCAGAGUUUAGAUCUGCUCUUAGAUACAAAGUCAACAGACCGAAAACAAACACUGUUGCACUAUAUAUCAAAUGUGGUAAAAGAAAAGUAUCAGCAAGUUACUCUUUUUUAUAAUGAGCUUCAUUAUGUGGAGAAAGCUGCUGCAGUCUCCCUUGAAAACGUUCUGCUGGAUGUGAAGGAGCUACAGAGGGGAAUGGAUUUAACCAAGAGGGAGUACAGCAUGCACGACCACAACACCCUGCUGAAAGAGUUCAUCCUUCACAGCGAGGGCAAGCUGAAGAAGCUGCAGGAUGACGCCAAAAUUGCUCAGGAUGCCUUUGAUGAUGUGGUGAAGUAUUUUGGCGAAAACCCCAAGACCACACCACCCUCUGUGUUCUUCCCUGUCUUUGUUCGAUUUGUGAAAGCCUACAAGCAAGCAGAAGAGGAAAAUGAGCUGAGGAAAAAGCAGGAACAAGCUCUCAUGGAAAAACUGUUGGAGCAAGAAGCCCUGAUGGAGCAGCAGGACCCAAAGUCUCCUUCCCAUAAAUCAAAGAGGCAGCAGCAAGAGUUAAUUGCGGAAUUGAGAAGGCGACAAGUUAAAGAUAACAGACAUGUAUAUGAGGGAAAAGAUGGCGCCAUUGAAGACAUUAUCACAGCCUUAAAGAAGAAUAAUAUCACUAAAUUUCCAAAUGUUCACUCGAGGAUCUUAGAAACCAACCAUAUAGACGAGCCGAUGCGGUGAGACGAAGUGUGAGGCGACGCUUCGAUGAUCAGAACUUGCGUUCUGUUAAUGGUGCGGAGAUAACGAUGUGACGCCGAGACAUUGAGGAGAGGGUGUGAUGAAACUGCCGAUGUGAACUUUAUGUGCUAUCAUUUAGCUGCAGCCUUCAAUACAAAUGAAAUACUCUUUAAGGGCUCAGAUUUAGUAAACACAAGAAUCUAAAGAUGGGUUCUCCUUUUAACCCUUGUUAACAAGUGCCUAAAAUUGGAAGAAACUUGCUCAGAUUAAUCAAAGCAAUAGGAUUUGACUUAAAUCUUUUUACAUCAGUAUGUUGCUCAGUUUUUUAACCAAAAUAUAAAUUUC